AUGGGCCUCUUCUCUUCCUUCCAGUCCGAAGAGACCCGCCGCGCCGAAGAGGUCCGCACCGGCGCCCGCGCCCCGGACCGCAGCGAGCGCCGCAAGUGCUGGGACGCUCGCGACGCCUACUUCGGCUGCCUCGACCGCAACACCAUUGUUGACGCCCUGAAAGACGACACAAAGGCCCGUAAGGCCUGCCCCACCGAGAAUGCCGACUUCGAGCGCGAUUGCGCCGCCGCCUGGGUCAAGUACUUCAAGCAGUGGCGCGUCGCCGAUAUCCAGAAGAAACAGCGCAUCGCCCAGCUCGAGGCUGAGAACGCUGUCAAGAUGGACGUCACCACCUCCUUUGCCGACCACGCCGCCGCGCCCGCCAAGGGCUCCGCCACGAGCAAGGCAGAUCUGCAGGACAUGCUCGCCGCAAGGAGGAAGUGA